ACAUCGCCACUGAGCAACCGUCCUGACACACACGUCUCUCUCUCUCUCUUUCUCUCUCUCUCCUCUUUUGGUCGCGAUCUUAUAUUUCCGUGUACCAAAAAUAUCAUCCGGUUCUUCCGUUCUGUCAGUCGAUUGUCAAGAGUGCGCACCAGCAGAACGACGGCAACAUCAGUGGCAAACGUUAUGGCACGUCGGGGCGAAUACCGCAGAGCGAUUUUUCUACUGUGGUGUAUCUCGUGUGUAGCGUUUAGUAUUUCCGUUCCCUCGCCGAUACCGCUCCGAUUAGUAGAGGAACAUCGUUAUACCACACGCAGAACACCGAAAAUCGUCGUAGAAUUGCCUACGCCGAGAACGCCUUUGCGAACGUCUACGCGAUUGCCUUUACCGAUAGUCAAUUACGAACUCAAAACAACUACGAUCGUGGUGCCGUCGUCCACGUCGACCACGCACAAAAUAUUUUCCACGGAGCAACCUUUGUAUCGGCUGAACAGCAGCAAUGGACAGGCUUGCAUUCUUCUUCAAGUCGACGCAAUGCUGAACAUCAAAUAUCGCACGAAACUCAACGAGGAACAAGAAAUGAGCAUUUAUGUCCCCAACGAGGCGACCGUGACGGGAAAUUGCGACAACGAGAACACGGUGACGAUGUCAUUGAAAUGGGACUCUUUUGUAUUGUCCUGGAGUUUCGCCAAGACACCUGGUAACGAACGCUGGUACGUGGAGAAAAUCGAAUUGACCUACAAUUCCAGCGACAAGCAUUUCGAGCACAUUGAUCAGCCAAAUAAAACUAUUCGUUUGAGUUCCAGUCAGAAGCACAGCUCCAUGUUGUUUCCGACGCCGCUCGGAAAAUCGUACGUCUGUUCGGAAAUCGAGAUCCCGCUAACCGACGGCAAGAACCACGGUAGCGUAUUGCUGAGAGACAUGAAACUGCAACCGUUCAAAUUCAAGAACAACGAGUUCGCGGCCGAGUUCUCGUGCGCGUCUCUGAGCGCCCGGGCCGGUAGAGAUGAGACCGCGCCAGUCGCGGUCGGUUCCACGCUGGCCGCCGCGGUUCUUCUGACCAUCACCGGUUACGCGGCCUAUCGGUACUUCAAAGUCAAGAAAGUAAAAUACGACACGAUGGAGUAAAAGAAAAGUCCUCGAAGGAGGAUUUCUCUUCACUGUCACGACGAUGCCAAAAAGAAAGCACGUAUCGCCAAAAAAAAACAAAAAAAAAAAAAAAAAACUGACGCCGUUCGCGAAACCACAGCGACCACGUAGUUUUUCCCACUUCGCGUUAGUCGUCCAUGAAAAGCGAAAAGAAAGGUUCGGUUUGCUCCGAAGAGAAAGGUUUGAUUUCCUCAUUUUUUUCUUUUUUAAUUUUGUUUUUUUUUAUCAGACAUACGCGACAUAUCGAACAAACUUGUGUAAUUGUUGGAACAACUCGCGAUUAUUAUCAAGAAAUGUAACGGUCGAAUUAAACAAUUCGGUAAAUAGAUUAAGUUUAUCGAUUUGUCUCAAAUGGUAGAGAGAAAAAAUAUCUAAUAUUUAAUUAAAUAACACAUAUCUUCGGACGGAAUUCUGGUAAUAAAUGUACAUUUAUGCGAGCAUUUUAACAAGUUUAAGAUAAUAAAAUAAAAGAAAACUACAGAGAAUGAAUUUUUUUAAUUGCGUUGAGAGAAACAAUUUUCUCUAUAAGUUACAAAAACAAAUAUCACAGUUAUAUUCUCAUCUCACGUGUCGAGUUCUCGUUCUGUCUGUGAACGGAACAGUUCUUUUCCUGUUUUAUCUAUAGAAAUCUCGAAAAACAAAAUAAAUAAAUAAAUAAAUCUCCAUGUUUUAUUAAUCAUCUUUGCACGGACACGUCGAGUUUGUCAAUGAACAUGUCACGUUUUGUGUACAAUUGUUCUUUUUUAGUGAAAUAACUAUAAUCUAAACUAGAGAUCCUUCUUUCUCAUAUCAAAUUUAUAUCAAGCAUGAGCACUAAAGUUUUCAUGCGGAUAUGGUGCAAUUUUUCGGUAUAUAGUGUAUAGCGCACGAUAUACGCGUAAAUUGUCAAUCGCGUAAAUCGAAUGUCGCCGAAGGUUCGUUCGGAUAAGGAAAAACGACAUUCGUUAAUCGCAAACUCGGAUGGUUGUAUCGAUAGGAUUUCAAUUAUCGUAGAUUCUGAUCGGCGUGGUCAUAUCUGUAAACGAGUAUUGAAAAAAAAAAAAAAAAAAAAAUA